AUGGCUAUGGCUGAGGUGGCGAUUCAGUCGAUCGGAUUAGGAUACGAUGUUGCGGAAGAUUUAAGGAUCAAGUACUGCAAGAGGCGUUCAGAGUCGCGGUUGAUUUCGAUCGACGAAGAUCAGGUUCGGGAUAUUGUGAUUCCUGGUGGAAUUUUAAUCCAAAAUGUUUCGAAAUCGAUCAAGUGCGAUAAAGGCGAACGGAUGAGAUUCAGCUCCGAUGUAUUGUCUUUCCAGCAGGUAGAAUCAUAA